AUGCUUUGGAAGACUUUGCUGCUGCUGCUGUUCUAUUACAGUGCUCAUGCCACUGUGACCCACAGAUGGAACAAAGCUGUGCUUUUCCCAGCUGCUCAGCGAUUCAAGAGGUCCUCAGCUGCCUUCCUUAACCCAGUGCUACAAAACUCGCUGGAAGAUGUGGUCCUGCUUUAUGAGUUUCUUUUAGCUGAACUUGACAUUGACAAAGGUCAGAGGAUCUCCAUCAAAGAUGAGGAGCUUGCUUCACUGAGGAAGGCUGCUGAGUUUGACACCAUCUGCAAUGAGAUUAUCCCCAAAAGCAUCACAGAGAUCCGCAGGCUGAGUAGCAGGCUAUCUUCCUACCCAAAGGUACUCAAGAAAGAAGACUUUGAAAGGACAGUGCUGACCAUGGUCUACACGGCGUACAGGGCUGCUCAGUCCCAGGGGCACCAGAAAGACGCUUGGGCUGAAUCCUUUGUCAGUCUUUAUAAAGCCCUGAAGCACGACUUGAUGCUCCCAUACAACAAAGAGCCAUCAUAGUGGAAGACUUGAUGCAACAGCAACUCAGCCACCUCUUCUGGUUGAUAAGGGACACACAUAGCACGUCCUCC